AUGCUUAAAGCUGCUGUAUCAAUCUUGUUAUUGGCUGUAUCCUCUUCAACCGUAUUGGCUGAAGACAAAUGGACACCAGACCCAAGAUGCCCCUACCCAUCGGACGUGGUAACCAGAUACCCAUACCCGGGUGACUGCAGCAAAUACUGGGAAUGUUUCCAAGGCGCCAGAUACCCAAUGGAUUGCCCCACCGGACUGGAAUUCAAUUACCCCUUGCAACAAUGCGACGCCCCCGAAAUAGCCCACUGCGACCCCACCGCCGAUCCAGACAUUCCCACACAACCUGUUGGGCCAACUGAGCCGGCACCACCUGAACCAACCAGGGAGCCAGACUCCUUCUGUCCUUAUCCGUCAGAUGAAAUCACUUUCUUCCCUUAUCCGGGUGACUGUACCAAGUUUUACGAGUGUUACCAGGGACAAGCUAAUGAAUACACUUGUCCCCCCAAUUUGUAUUGGAAUCAGCCCCUACAUCAGUGUGAUUAUCUUGAAAACGUUGAUUGUGAUGCCACUGCAGCCCCAAUUGACCCAACUGUGAAACCAGAUCCUCAACCAUCAUCUGGCACUGUGGAACCAGACCCACAACCCACUUCUGGUACUGAAAAACCUGACGCCUCAAUUUGCGCCGGACUUCCAACUGACCAAAUUGCAUUCCUCCCACAUCCCGACGACUGUGCGAAAUACUACGAAUGCUUUGCCGGCCACGCCGACCUGAUGACUUGCCCCGAUGGACUUUACUGGAAUCAACCUGCUUCUGCUUGCGAUUAUCUCGAAAACGUUAACUGCGAUGCAACUCCAGCUCCAAUUAAUCCAACUGUGAAACCAGAUCCUCAACCAUCACCUGACACCGCUGUUGUAACCCUUUUGGUUUUGGCCUUGUCCAACUCCUCUGUCUUGGCAGAAGAUAAAUGGACGCCGGACCCACGUUGCCCCUACCCCUCAGAAGUGGUGACCAGAUACCCGUACCCGGGCGACUGCACCAAAUACUGGGAAUGUUUCGAAGGCGCCAGAUACCCCAUGGACUGUCCCGCCGGUCUGGAAUUCAACUACCCCUUGCAACAGUGCGACGCCCCCGAAAUAGCCAACUGCGACCCAACCGCCGACCCCGACGUUCCCACACAACCAGUCGGACCCACUGAUCCCGCUCCUACUGAGCCGACCAAAGGACCGGACUCGUUCUGUCCUUAUCCUUCGGAUGAGAUUACUUUCUUCCCUUGUCCGGAGGACUGCACUAAGUUUUACGAAUGUUAUCAAGGACAGGCUAAUCUGUACACGUGUCCCCCAAAUUUGUAUUGGAAUCAGGCCAUUCAUGAGUGUGACUAUUUGGAAAAUGUCGACUGUGAUGCAACUGUUGGACCCGUAAAUCCCACAGAACCAGACGGACCAACUAACCCGACAACCAUUGAGCCGACCAAAGGACCGGACUCGUUCUGUCCUUAUCCUUCGGACGAAAUUACUUUCUUCCCUUGUCCGGAGGACUGCACUAAGUUUUACGAAUGUUACCAAGGACAGGCUAAUCUUUACACGUGCCCACCGAAUUUGUAUUGGAACCAGGCCAUUCAUCAGUGCGAUUAUUUGGAAAAUGUCGACUGUGAUGCAACUGUUGCACCUGUAGAUCCGACUGAUGCCCCUAACACAGAUACCCCUAACACUGAUGAACCUAACACUGAUGAACCCGACACUGCUGAACCACCGACUGAUAAUCCCGUCGAUUCCGUUUGCGCCGGUCAACCAGCCGAUCAGGUCGUCUUCCUGCCGUAUCCCGACGACUGCACCAAAUACUACGAAUGUUACGGCGGACGUGGCGAUUUGAUGUCCUGUCCCGACGGACUGUUCUGGAACGAGCCUGCCUCCGUUUGCGACUUUGAAUGCGUCCCUUAAUUACAAUCAUUUUAUGUUCAACAUAAAUAAAUAAUAAAUUAUUUUUUUGCUGUAA